GAUCUGACCAUUUUUCUGGCUGGCACUUUAAACUAAAUGAUUGAGAAGGUUCAGUUGUCCCUAAAGUGGUUUUACCAUGAAUUCGGACUUGCAGCUAUUCAUGAGACUGGCCUUAAUGCCUAUCUCAUUAUUCUGGCGCGAACAUGUCGCAUGUUCGCCUACGGAACCAACGCACUGAUUCUAGGCAUCUUCUUCUCAGCUCUGGGGAUAUCUGAUCAUCAGAUUGGCUUGUUCAUGACACUGACGUUGAUGGGCGAUGUGAUAUUGGGAACAUAUAUCACGCUUGUGGCAGAUCGUAUCGGGAAACGAAGAGUCAUGAUCGGGGGUUCUUUGUUGAUGAUAUUAAGCGGCCUAAUAUUUGCGCUUUUUGAAAACUUUUGGAUUUUGCUACUCGCUGCGGUAAUCGGUGUUAUUAGUAUCACCGGCGGCGAUUUUGGCCCCUUUAGAAGUAUAGAAGAGUCGAUGAUUUCACAGCUCACCACUCCGUCAACAAGAGCCGAUGUCUUAUCGUGGCACGUUACCAUACCCCUAUUCGGAUCUUCCUUAGGAAGCGAGUUAUCAGGAAGAGUUCUCCGCUUCUUACAGGAUAAAGAUGGAUGGUCGGAAGUAGAUGCAUAUCAUGCCUUAUUUUGGAUAUACGCGAUUAUGGGUGUAGUCAAUCUUGGACUGGUUUUGCUCUUGUCCGAUGCGUGUGAGCUGUCGCAGACUAAGAGAAGUUACACGCAAGUUCCACAAGACGAUAACGGUCAGAAUACUGAUAGGAGAACUGAGAGCCCUGCAGCAUCUCCCGACGUAACACCUACACCUAAAAAAUCCCAGAAUCGGAUUAUUCGAAGCCUCAAGUGGUUCUCGAACCGACUAGCCUUGAUCUCGCCAGCAACUCGAUCGGUGAUGUAUAAGUUAUGGUUUUUGUUGGCCGUGGACUCGCUUGCUGAUGGUAUGGUACCAUAUUCUUUGACGAAUUAUUAUAUGAAUGAAAAAUUUCAUCCCCAAAAGUCAACUCUUGGCGACAUCACCUCCUUUAGUUACUUUCUGGGAGCGAUUUCAGCAUCUUUCGCCGGCCCUCUAGCCCGAAAAAUUGGGUUGAUUAACACGAUGGUAUUUACGCACACGCCAUCGUCAGCCGCCGUCUUACUCUUCCCGUUGCCUCCUUACCUUUGGCUGACUGCCGGACUCCUACUUGUCCGUGCGGGGCUGAAUAAUAUGGAUCAAGCCCCACGAGCGGCGUUCAUUGCCGCAGUAGUCAAGCCGGAGGAGCGAACAGCAGUAAUGGGUAUCACAGCUACGGUCAGGACACUAGCCGCUAUGACCGGACCUACCGUGACGGGCCUUUUGGCUGCGAGCGAUCGUUUUUGGAUCGCAUUCGUUGCCGCUGGUUGUUCCCGAUUGGCAUACGACUUUGGCCUCUACGCUCUGUUUGUGAAUAUGAGACUUCAUGAACAUGAGAAUAAAUCAGCCGACUUACCUAAUGGACAUGGCGCAAGACGUAUCCCCGAUGAAGAGAUGGAGCUAGAGAGCCUAGCUGAUACAAUCGAUACGGUUGAUACGACUGACAGUACUGAUAGUGGGAGUGAAGAUUUAGAUCCUGGAAAAUCAGAACCAAGCGUGGUUCGGCUUGAAAUUCCCGAUGAAAAUCAAAGGAUUCGAAGUAGAAGUCCGCGUCGGGAGAGAUAUGGAGAGAGUUAGGAUUUAUUGUAAUUCAUGACGAACCCGCAAUUGCCUAUUAAAUUUCCGCUUGCAGAUUAAAGCACAUAAGGAUAGAACAGGGGUUUUGGUGCAUCGGAGAUGUCUUUGUCGAGUUAUAAUUCUAUGUUUAGAU